AGUUUGAAAGCCAAGGAGGAAGUUACUCUGCCGACAGUUCCAAGCUCGCCUCGAUCUCAGAUACGAAAUAAACAAAAACAUCUCGAAAGAAUCUCGAAUAUCGUUUAUUGUGAGCACUUCAGACCACAUUUGACUAUGGGAGAAACCAUUGAAGGUCUGAAUUUGGUCCUACUGGGAAAGACAGGAGCGGGAAAGAGUGCAUCAGGAAACACAAUACUGGGAAAACAAGCUUUCAUAUCAAGGAAAAGCCCCAAAUCUGUCACACAACAUGUUUCUAAGAAAUCUAGUAAUAUCUGCGGAUGCCCAGUUACCGUUUAUGACACACCAGGAUACUUUGACACUGAUCUGACUGAGGAUGAGAUUCAAUUAAAAUAUCAGGGCAUUUUUCAGGAGUGUGAAUCAAAUCCCUGUGCGUUUCUGCUGGUCAUCAAAACUGACAGAUUCACUGAAGAAGAGAGAAAAACUGUGGAGAAGAUUGAGAAACUUUUGGGUCAAAACCGCUUGGAGAAAACCUGGAUUCUCUUCACUGGGGGAGAUCAACUGGAGGAAGAAAACAUUACAAUAAAGGAAUUCAUCAGUGAGACUGAACCACUGAAACAACUCGUUCAGAAAUAUGGUCAGAGAUAUCAUGUGUUCAACAACAAAAAGAGAGGACACUCUGGACAAGUUAAAUUCCUGAUUAACAAGAUCGGGACAUUCUUUAAUACAAUGGCAUUAAAAGGAGCCAGGAUAAAUCCACCGAAGAGAAAAUUACCAAAGAAAGCUGAUCCACACGCUCCUGCUGCCAGUCUCCCAUCCAGACGGAUUGUUCUUCUGGGUAAAAGUGGAGUUGGAAAGAGUGCAGCUGGAAACACAAUACUGGGACAGAAAGAGUUUUACUCUGCGAGGAGUAUGAGUUCAGUAACCAGUGAAUGUUCAGAUGCUCAUGCCACUGUUUCAGGCAGAUCUGUGUCUGUAGUUGAUACUCCUGGAUUCUUUGACACAAAGAUGAAAACUGAAGAGUUAAUAACAGAGAUAGCGAGAAGUGUUUAUAUAUCCAGUCCUGGACCGCACGCUUUUAUCAUUGUGUUCAGAGUAGAUGACAGAUUCACUGAACAGGAGCAGCUGAUUCCUCAGAUUAUUGAGAUGUUGUUUGGUGAAGAAGUGUUAAAAUACUCCAUCAUUCUCUUCACUCAUGGAGAUCAGCUGAAAGGAGAGUCUGUUGAGAAACUCAUUGAGAAAAAUCAAGCAUUGAGACAUCUAGUUCAGGAGUGUGAAGGCAGAUAUCACGUGUUCAACAAUGAAAAGAGAAGUUUAAAACAGGUGAAUGAUCUACUGCAGAAGAUUGACAAAAUGAUAGAGCAGAAUGGAGGAGGACACUACAGUAAUCAGAUGUAUGAAGAUGCUCAGAGACUCAGACGAGAGGAAGAAGAGCAGAGACAGAGAGAGGAAAAGGAAAAAGAGAGAGAGGAAGAAGAGAGAAAACAGAGAGAGGAAAAUAAGAGAAAAUUGAGAGAGAAAAAACAACAAGAGGAAGAGAUUGAGAAAGUGAAAAAGGAGACAGAGGAGAGACUCAGAGCAGAGUUUGAAGCUAAACUGAAGUCAGAACGAAAAAGACUUCAAGCAUCGAUACAGAGUGAGAACAAUAAGACAAAAAACCAAGAGCAAGAUACAAAUGACAGUGUGCCACCAAAACAAAAACCAAGCAGUGGGUUUAAGCAAUUUAUGUCCAUGUUUUGGUAUUAUUUUAAGAUGAUAGUGAACCUCUUUUUGCCUUCUUUUUUUUAAAUGACUUCGCAGAGAUCUCUGAUGCCAGAAAUAUUAGACUUUAUUCACAAACAAAGGCGAGCGACGUCUGGAGACCAGUCACUCCCUCUCAGCGGCUUAUCUUCUCCAUAUAUACCUUUCAUCUUUUCCACAAAUGGUAACACAUUCUAUAGAUAUUUUAAAAAUACCCUGUACCAUGUGACAUACUGAAAUAGUACUCUCUCUGUUCUAUCAGCAUCGGCCCUUUUGGGCUUCCAAAAGUCAAACUCAAGGACACACACACAGGAGCUAAUAGUGUUCAAAUAUCUAGCUAAGUUACUUAUUUUCUAAAUAAUAAAAUCUUCAACAAUAGCUGUUGCUGUUAUUGGUGGUGUAGUUGGUGGUGCAGUUGCUGGUGUAGUUGCUGGUAUUCAUAGAUGCCACCUACGUCACUACAAAUAGAACGCCGCCAUAUUUGUGACCGACUCGCCCGGUACGGCCGCCCAAACUGAAUGAGAGAGAGAGACGGAGAUACCUGGAGAAAAUUUCAAUUUUAGGCUCCGAUCCUUAUUUGUUACCCCCAGUUUUCUUUAGUCCAUUAUUAUCUGCCCCAGGCUUGCCCCAAUCGGCCUUUCAUUAUAUAGAAAUACAUAUGUCAUAGAGCUAUGGCAUGCGUUCAUGAGAGUCGAGGCGAUAUCAUGAAUGAAUCUUCUGCAGCAGUUCGGCUGGCAUGAAUGAAUCUUUCUAAUCCGAACAGCAGCACUGGCACAGAUACACCUGCAUCAGCACAGUCAGAGACAUCAGUCAAAUAUCAUAAAAGACUGCCAUAUCUGUCCGAAAGAACAGAAGGUUUAAUACACACAAAUAUCGAAAUGAAAUGAGUCUUUCGAGUUGAAUCUUUUUGAAUGAUUUGAAUGCGAUUAAAAGCUACCAAGAGGUAAAGCUCUUCAGUGAUUAUAAUGACUUAAAUUGCAGUUUGUUUGUCACAUAAAGCUAUCAUAUUCAUAAAUAACGAUAUUAAUAUAAGGGAGGAGUCGUAUUAGAUCCCUUUUAUGAUACUUUUGUGAUGCUUUUUUAUUUACUCAUUCACUUUCAUUACAUCGACAAGAAGAGUCUCCAUUAGGCUGCUGUCCCUUUGUCUUCCACAGAAAGUAAACUUAAGAAUUUGCACAUGAAGGUGUGUAACAUUAGUUAAAUGACGGCAGAAUUAUCCUUUUUGAAAGAACUUGUCCUUUAAUAUGCAUUUCAAGGCUGAGAUCGUCUGCAGAGCUAACAUUACUUACACAAAAUAACAUCUAAAGUGCAUGUGGAAGAGACAAUAUCUUUAUGAACUUCAGAAAAAUAUUUAUUACAAUUAGGUAGGUAUUAACUUACAGACAGACAGACAGUUAUGUUCAAAAUAACUCCAAAUCUAAUAACUCACCAUGAUAAAGUGCAUUUAAACAGAUCCAACAAAUAAAACGAAGAAAAAACAUUAUCUGUCGAUAUCUGUUUGUAUAAUGUUGGCCACUGAGAGUAGACUACAAUAGAAAUAUAAUUAACCACACACCAGCAACAUGAGACUUCAAGUCUUUUAAAUAAAUGGUUUUCUCUUCUUUCUUCUUUUGCUAUAAAAUAAAAUACCCGUUCAGGGUUCCUCUUUCGGCUAUUGUUGCAGCCAACUGCACAACAUAUUGCAGGCAUGAUUGAGACCGUCGGUCGCAAAGAUGGCGCCGCAAAGCUACAGUGACGUCAGGUGAACCGAAUAAAUAGUUGCUUACAGUUAAUGCUUAAUGCUACAGUUAAUCUAAUCAUUGUUUUUGCUCUUCUGAUGAUUUUCAGCUUUUACUUUCUGCAAAUUGUGUAGUUGUGUAUAGCGAUAUGACCUUCAUUCUUCGCCAAAGAUGGAUAAAAAGGCGCAUAUGAAA